AUGUUCCCCCUGGGCAGAGCCGUUAGCCACCGGAGGCCCCCUUUCUGGCCAUCCAGCCCCCCCUCGGGCGGCAAGGUGUCCGCUCGAGCGUCUCGCCUGCCGCGCGUCGUGGGCGCGAACUUCGCGAGCGGGGCGCCCGUGGGCAGGCCGCUGCUGUGGGCAAGCUCGAGGUGCAAGAGGGGGAGGAGUGGGCUUGCCUGCAGAGUCGUCGGUUCGGCCGCUGUGGACGCCGUUCGGGAGACGGCCCAACGCGUGACGGAGGCCGUCGUACGCACCGUGAACGUGCUGCACGACGUGGUGUGGGUGCGGGGAUGGGCGCGCGUCACAGUGUUGCUCGCCCUGCUGGUGGGCCUUGUGACCGCCGUCCUGAACACAUGGUUGCUGGGGAGCGUCAACGCGAGGGUGCUGCCGGUGGUGACGGAGGAACUGGCUACUGUGCUGGAGAGGGAGGUGUACUUUGGAAAGGUGAAAUGGCUCCUCCCCACUGGUAUUUUUGGGCUUACUCCUUUGGCCAGCAUUGGCCCUGUUCGUGUCGGGCCAGGAGCAGUGGAGAAGAGUAGUAUUGAGGUACCAGAGGUGCGCAUGGGACUCAACUUGCUCAAGUCCAUGUUUCAGAGACGUCUGGUGCUGUGGGCCAACUGCAGGCAGCCUGACGUCACUUUGGUGCAAGCAGACAACCUGUCAUGGUUUGGGUACCCUCAGGACACAACACCUUCAUCACAAAACCUGCUACCAGGCCUUGGCAAGCUGAAGCAGAGCACGGCCACAGGUCUCAGCCAGCAGCAAUCAAGCAGCCAAGCCACACAUGUGGCAUCAAUGUGCAGGGAAGCAACUGACGGCAAUGAAGAAAGACUCAGGGAACGCAGGAGGAGUAGUUUACAAUGCAGCACCAGUGAGCCGACAGCAGCUCCUGCCAAGGGACGCAGGUGUCUUUCCCCUGUGGACCUGGACAAGCUGCGUGGCUCAUUUGACUUUGGGGAGUCCUCAGAACAGUGGGAAAAGAUGUCAGAGUGGGAAAGAAUGCCAGAUUAUGAUGCGCUUGGAGAAGGAGGGCGGCCAUUUGCUUGGAGUUCUCCAACAUCACAUGUUGAGCCCAGGGGUACCAACCCUAGAUGGGCAUUCACAGUGUCGGUGCCUCACUGGCAGCCCAAAGGUCCAACCAGCAAUCUGCCAGGGGUGUCCAACAUCAGGGGAGAACGGGCGCACCCUCUGCUCGGAGGGCAGGGAUUUUGGGGUGGAGUGUACAAAUCCAAUGCAGACGUCCUGCCUGGUGGUCUAGGAGGACGGGGCCCUUCAAAUCCGAUGCGGGGAGGAGCUGGGGGUAUGCAGACUGGGAAGCCGUCCAGGUACCUGAAACGCAAGCCCACAGAGACGUCCCAUGGCCACAUGGUGAAGCGCAUUGGCAAGCUGGCGAAGGGCAGCGGGGCACACAGGCCGAAAAUGGCGCCCAGGGUGCGAUAUCAAAGGCAGAAAGGGCUGGUGGGUGCCAACGAACAGGAAGGGGCCUCUGAGGACGCGAGUGCAGGCGCUUGGCAGGUUGCUGAAGAUGGUCAGGAAGGCAAGUCUGUGGUGUUUUGCGCAAAGAAGAGUGCAUGGCUUAGGGCCGUUGCUAGGCAUUCCAUGUCCGUGAAGGGCACUGUUGGUGCAGGCAAGACCAAGGCUGGGCGCCAACACAUUGGAAGUGUGCAAGAUGUACAGCACGAUUCACAGUUGCCACCUUCAGCUUUCAACAUCAAUGAUUUUCGUUUGGAAGAUCCAGUGGAUGAGAAGGAACAGCACGCGGCCUGGGUCACAGAAGUCUUUGGCGGCGGUGUUGAGGCCAUGUAUGAGGAAGAAGAAGAUGAAUUAGGAGAUGUCCAGGAGGCUGAGCUUGCAGCAGCAGAAAUGAACACCAGUGUUGCCGCAACCGUUGUAGAACAACGGCAUGAUAUCCCCAGGAAACCAUGGACUCCUUCCAAAGCGAGCUCCCGGUUUAGUGUGGACUGGGGAGCACUUGCAAGACACAACACACUGCCUGAGGUCGCAUUGGGUCACAUGGCAGUGCAGAAUGGAACUUUGAACGCCUUUAUUGCUGGGGAAUCCAUCCCCCGGAGAAUUGAGCAUGUUGCAGGCACUGCCAGCUUUGGCCCUGGGUAUCACUCAAUGACAAUAAACCUGCAUGGCAAGGCUGAAAUGAGGCACCCUGACUCUGCAAAGUGCACAAUGCCGACGCCACACGCCUUCCGCCAUCUCAGGUUCAUGAUGCCAGAGCUACAGAAAGGCCUGCAGAUCGUUUUCCCAUCUGACAUCACUGCCUCUGUCAGCCAGCCCACGAACACCCUAGCAGAGGCGAAGCGCACUCCAAGGCAUUCCCUGGAGAGUUCCCCAUCAAGGGCACUGCACAAAGUCUCUGGCUCUGUCAUGGAUGAUGUGGCGCAGGGGACGGAGGCAGGCUCAGCGAGCAAGGAUGGCAAAUUGGGAGGCGCUGGUGUUGGGCCUCCUGGAUCUAUGUCACUGUACUCCACCAUGCAUGAUGCACCCCAACGGACUGGGCCCUGGAUUGCCCGACCAAAGGCUGUUCCCUUUGGCAGGCCGCAGAAGGGCACAAGGGAUUUCCGCAGAGCCACAAGCCCAGACACUGGUGGUGAUGUGACUGUCAACAUAACCGCCAAGCAGAUGGGCAAGCCUGGUGUCUUCCCUGAUCUUGAGGUGGUGGUCGCUGGCAACAGACUGCAUGCACCAUUGCUUGAGCGCAUAGUGGAGGUUCCUGUGGAUGUCCACGAUGGCCGGGCUGAUGGCACCCUUUGCAUAAAGUCGUACAAUGAUGCAACAUGGAAAACCCCACAGCUGGAAGGCCGGGUAAAGUGCCAAGGCCUGGCGUUCCACUUUUGGGAUGCUCCUGAUGACCUCAGCGAUGCAGACGUCGACUUGAUUUUUGAGAAGAACCGAAUGUAUGUGCACAACGCUCAUGGGUACUAUGGGGCUGUGCCACUGACAGUCACUGGGGAUAUGGAUAUUGACCCUGACGUGGGCCAAUAUCGCCUAUCCGCCACUGUCCUCCCUGUGGAAGUCAAUGCUGUGCGAGUGAGCCUCGGCAUCCGGCCACUUCCUCAUUCUGCUGUUGGAGCUGUUCGAGGGAUCGUGCACUGCAAUGGGCCCCUCCAGAAACCCGUCUUUUCAGGCAGUGGGAUCGCAGUUCGCCCCACAGAUGAGGUCAUCAACGCCAUGGAAGAGUCGCACGCCAAGUCUGCACUGUUAUCAGACCCGAGGGCUGUGGCUGCUUUUGACAAAGUUCCCUUCACCCGCGCCUCUGUUGUGUUCACGCACAAUACGGAAACUGCCAUGUUCACUGUUCAUGAGGGCCAGGUGUCACCGGUGGGCGGUGGCACCCUUACAGGGUCUGGCCAGCUGUGGGUGGCGCCGCAGGCAGAGAAAGACCCCAGUGCCAUACGUGUGCAGAUGGAAGGGCAUGGGCUCAUGGCCACCGGGCUGGUCAAGCGGUAUGUCCCAGAGGCUGUCGAGCUUCCUGAUGUGCUGAACAGUGGUGCUACAAGCGUGAAAGCGACCAUGAAGGGGUCUCAUGCAGCGCCACGGGUGCAUGUGACAUGGGAAGCCCCUGAAGUGCAUGCCACUGGCAGUGUUGACAUGUCCAGAGAAUCUUGGAGAGCAACAGCACGAGCGCCCUCAUUCGAUGUGUCAGGCACACUGCACACAGAAUUUGCCGAUUUUGAGCUGACAAAAACGGCAUACACCCAGAAAGCAAUGACAAACUUGACAACACCGGAGAUCAUUGGCGUCGAUGCUGAUGUGAACAUGAAGGGAUGCGAUGUUGUGCCCUUGCUCUCAAAUAUGUCAGCAGUCGACCGCGUGACGACAGGCCAGGCCCUGAGGCUGAAGCUGAAUGGGCAGACACAGAUUUCAGCCAGGAGAGAUGCCCAAGGCACAGGGGAAACUGCAUCAUCCGAAGAAUCAGCAUUUUCUGGUGACGUGCACCUCCAGGGUAUCAGGGUCAAUCAGCUCAACCUGGCACGUCAGCUCGCCGGCAGCUUGGAGUUUUCACCCUCCUCGCUGCACAUACAUGCAAAGGGCUUGCGUGCAGAUGAGCAGCUGGAUGUGGACUUGAAUCUGCCAGACACCCUUCUAAAUGGGGGUGGCCCGUUCUUCCAGAACGAAAAGCGACCUGAAGGGCUGCAGGCCCCGGCUGGCACUGUGGAUGCCAAUGCUGCCCCCACCGAAGAGGCUAUGGAAGGUCAGGGAGGCUCAUUCUUGCUGAGGCAAGGGAGACUGCUGAUCUCAACAGAGGCAAACACCUCCCCAAGCCGUGUGAAGAUGCGGAUACGUGGCUUGACUCUGGACGAACUGGAACUUGCAUCGCUGAGGGGUGUUCUCCAGGAUGUGUCGUUCGACCUUAACUUUGACACCAUGGAGGGACGGGGCGAUAUACUUGUGAACACACCAAGGUACAGCGGCCUCCUCGGCGAGUCCCUGUCGGGGGCUGUGCGCUGGGAGCAAGAGGUGCUCAGGCUUGAGAAGAUGGUCCUACAGCAGAAGCGCUCGCGUUACGAGGUUCAGGGAGAGUACUCUCUGCCUCCCAACUUUGCCCUGCCAAGGGAUGGUGCCUUUGCACCCAAUGCGGGGUCCUCCACUCAGUGGUCCCCUGGCGAAGUAUGGGCAGCCACAACGCGGAAGUCUUUAGGAAGGUGGAGGCUGCAGGUCAUGGUACCCAAUGCAGAUGUGCAGGAGCUCUUGCCCGCAGGCCGGCUGCUGAGCCGAGCAACCAGUGUGACCCAGCAGGACUAUGAGAAGGCAAAGGAAGCUUUCCUGGAUGGCAUGAAGUCGUACAACAUUGGCAGCGGUGAGCUUAUUGACCAUCUGAAGGCAACACUCAGGGAAGCAGGCCCUGGAGAUCAGGCAGGGCAACCUUCAGAGGCUUCCAGUGGAGGUGCAGGUGCUGCUCUUCCAGGGCUCCAGACACUUCGAGGGCUGUGGAGUGGAGCUAUACAGGCCUACGGGGGUGGAGGUGGCACAGACACCCUGAACUUCAACAUUCGGGGGAACUCGUGGCAGUGGGGAGAGUAUCUGAUUGACCAGGGUGCUGCAAGUGGAAGCUACCGCAGCUCUGAGGGUGUUCACAUUGAUGAAGUUUCCAUGCGCUCUGGGGAGGCACAGCUCCUCAUCCGGGGCGACCUGCUGGGCCCAAAACAGGAUGCAACAAUACUCCUGAACGACUUUCCUGCAGCGAUGCUGAGCCCUAUGUACAAAGCCGUCCCUGCACUGCAGCACGCUGCCCCUGCAGUGUCUGAUCGGAGCCUCAUUCUGAAACGGCUGGUUGAGAGAUGGGAGGGGGUGGCGCAAUCUGUUGGGAUAAGCAAUGGAAAAGAAGACACAGCUGCAACUCAGCUGGCAAAAGGCAGUCCUGUGAAGGGGCUAUUGUAUGUGCGGGGCAGCGUUGGUGGAAGUGUGAGUUCUCCUGAGGGGGUCCUGAGCAUCCGCCUGUAUGAUGGUGCUGUGGGUCCCACGCAGCUGUCAAGCGCUGAAGCCUAUCUCAAGGUGGAUGAAAAGCGGCAAGUGACGCUGAAGCUGGAGGCUGUGCCAUCUGAGCAAAGGGGUAUGCUGAAGGUUGAGGGGACUCUGCCGUCGUUCCAGGAGGGCGACGACUUGGAUGUCCUCAUCACCGUACGGGAUGGUGGCAUGCAGCUUUUGUCUGCCAUCAUCCCCGAGUACCAGUGGGUUGGCGGGUCUGCAAUGAUCAACAUGCAUGUGCAUGGGAGUGUGUCCAAGCCUCACAUUGAAGGAGGAGCCCGGGUCUCCAGGGCUACGCUGAACAUGCCAACAGUGAAAUAUCCCUUGAACAAUGUGUCUGCUGUGGUAGCCAUGGAUGAGAACAGGGUUGCUGUCAAGCAUUUUGAGGCCAGGUCAGGAAGAAGGGGCCACAUCAAGAUCCGUGGGAGUUUGCCCAUGAGGAAACCCAAAAUGCAAUCCGAUGAUGCCAUGAAUGUGGAGCUGUCCAGCCUGGAGCUGAGACUGCGAAACUUGUACAGUGGCCGAUUGGACAGCAGCCUCACUGUCUCAAACAGCCUUGCACAGCCACUCGUCUCUGGUGACCUACAGCUGUCCAGGGGAACUGCAUACCUUCCUGCAGGAUCCAAUUCGCCUUCCUUGGCUGGAAACGGUGGUUCAGAACCCUCCCAACGCAGCAGGCCAGCAGCAGAGGCAUUUAAGUCGCUCGGCAAAAGUGGGAUGGAGGCAAGACUGGAACCGCAGGCUGGUGCUAUGCCUGGGCUGCCAGGAUCCAUGGGCAGUGUGCACCUGAAGAACCUGAACGUCACGCUGGGGUCAGAGCUCCGGGCUGUUUACCCACUGGUGGUGAACUUGGCUCUAUCGGGAAAUGUGGAGUUAAAUGGCCCGCUGGACCCUUCAGCCAUCGUUGUCAAUGGCACCGUGCAGCUCGAUGGGGGGAUGGUCAAUCUGCUGGCGACCCAGCUGCGAGUGGAACGUGACCAACCGGGGAGGAUCACGUUUGUACCAGAACAGGGUCUAGACCCCACACUGGACCUCACGCUGACGGCAGGGGAGUUCAAGGCUGUCAUGCAGGGCCGGGCCAGCAACUGGCAGGAUAUGGUGGUCUUGAGCUAUGUUGGCACUCGUUCGACGACUGGGGAGGGGACUGGUCAAGUCCAGCUGACAGAGGCGUCCAGGCUUUUCCAGGAGCAGCUGGCAUCGGCACUGGUUGCAGACAACGGCCAGCUGGCGUUCUCAAACCUGGCGGCUUCCACAGUAUCCACUUUCUCACCAAAAUUGGACACACAGGGGCAAAUUGGAGCUGCCAGGUGGCGCCUUGUGUCUGCUCCCUCGUUCCCCGACAUGCUGUCCCUUCUGGAUCCAACAGUGGACUGGCACAACUUGCUGACAAGUCUCAUCACUGGCACGGAAGUGGAGGUGCAGUUUGGCAAGUCAGUGCAGGCCGUUGUGGCACACAAGCUGCGUGGUGCUGAGUAUGGAACCCAAUGGACGAUGUUGUACAACUUGAACAACAACCUGCGAAUGCAGCUGCAGGUGGCCAACUCCCCACCAGUGACACGCACACUGCUGCUGCAGUACUCAAGCGAGGGCGUGCCAAAAUGA